GUAUGAAGAAAUAGACCUUGAAACAGGAAUCCUGGAAACCAAAAGAGAUCCUGCUCCUUCCGAUGAUAUUUAUCCUGUCCACAUGGUUUUGGAUAAUAAAGACGGCAUACAAGGGUCCUGCCAGUAUUUUAAAGAGCGAGUAGAUAUCACGGAUCAGAUAAGGACGAAGGAGUUGCAGCCUCGUUACACUUACACAGAAGCUGUUGAAGAGUGGGGAGAGAAGCUGGUCAUUGUCGCCUCCCAAGACCAGCGUUACAGAGCUUUAAUAGGCUGGGAGGGCGACCCCGACCUAAAACUCCCUGACUUCUCCUACUGUAUAUUGGAGCGUUUAGGCCGCGCAAGGUGGCAAGGAGAGCUUCAGAGGGACCUGCACAGUGGGGCGUUCAA